AUGAAUGCGUUGAUUGUGCGCGUUGCGUCACACCGCACGCCGCUAAACCAGGUUAUGAUUUACGAGCAACGAUCUGCAACACUACACUCAGAACACACGUUUGACCGACUCCACUCCCAAUACACCCGUCCCGUAAUAUUGUGCUCCCUCACUGAAUACCUUGUGUUUCCUAUAACUCCAGCUGCGUCGACCACCGUACGCAGUCCAGCCGCGACCAUCUGGCGUUGCAAUCUAGGUCCUGUGGGCGAUCAGAGAGGCGGUGGGAGGCGCGAGUGGAGCGCGCCGGACGUUCCGGCGGAGCGUUUAAUCGCUACCUUUCAGUAU